AUGGCUCCUGUUAAUCUCAUCUGGGGCGGAGGCUCCAUCAUGAACGAGGCCGAGUUCCCGACCCUUAAAUCCAUUCAGGACCUCCUCGAUAUUCUGCACGCGAAAGGCAUCAAGUCCAUCGACACUGCCACAAUCUAUGCCAGUUCCGAGAAACGGCUGGGAGAAACUCACGCCGCCGGACGCUUUGCCAUCGAUACAAAGUACCCUGGCGGGUUUGGUCCGGAACCCGAAAACUCUGUACAGGAGACUUUUAACACAGUCCUGGGCACGAGUUUGAGUCUCCUUCAAACUGAUCAGCUCGACGUCUACUAUAUCCAUGCCCCAGACCGAAGAGUCCCACUCGAAGACUUGCUCGCGGCUGUCAACGCCGCGCACCAGGCUGGGAAAUUCAAGCGCUUCGGCCUGUCCAACUACCUGGCCUCGGAGGUCGAUGAGGUAGUCCGCAUCUGCCGCGAGAAAAACUACGUUCUGCCCAGCGUCUACCAGGGUAAUUACUCUGCUGUUGCACGCAAAGUUGAGACAGAGCUUUUCCCGACGCUGCGGAAGCAUAACAUCUCUUUCUAUGCUUAUUCGCCCAUCGCUGGAGGCUUCCUGACCAAAGACGUCGAGAAAUUGGUCGCAGGCGGCGAGGGUCGAUGGGAUCCGGAAUCUCACAUCGGUAAGCUGUACCAUGCGCUUUACAAUAAGCCGACCAUGCUGGAAGGCUUGAAGCUGUGGGAAAAGAUCUCCACGGAGACUGGUAUCCCGAAGGCUGAACUGGCAUAUCGGUGGGUGGUGCACCAUUCAAUUUUGGAUGGAAAGUUUGGGGAUGGCGUGAUCUUCGGCUCGCGUACUGUUGAGCAACUCAAUCAGACUUUUGAGGGAUUGAGCAAGGGUCCUCUUAGUGCGGAGAUCGUCGCUCAGGUUGAGCAGGUGUGGAAGGUUGUUGAGGCUGAUUCUCCUUUGGAUAACUUCAACGCUCUCAAUCAGUGA